GCAGCAGAGGAAGAAAGAGCUGGGUGGCUGACUGUCCAGAGACUGGGAGGGGGUCGGCAGAGCCAACUCCACAAAUACAGAAGGGACAGGGACAUGCUCGCCUGCCUCCCCAUGCAUACAGAACACCCCCACACACAAUGGCAUCACGUUCUCUCCGAUGACUUGGCACAGCCUCCUGACAGUUUACAACACAGGCACUCGCUAUCCACCGCCCACUCUGAACAGGACCCCAGAGCUGGAUGCUUUGCAGCCUACCAGCUGCAGGCCCUGCCAGCCCUCCCUCUCUUCUAGGGCUGGGUUUUUCCAGCCGGAACCUCGCUCCCUCUACUGCAAUUGCUGGAAAUUGGUGUCUGACGCGGCUGCUCCUGCCUAUUAUUUAUUUAUUUCUUCUUUUCUUCCCGCUGAGACCCUCCUGUCAGAAGGAGAGCUGCAGUCCAGAGAAAGAGAAAGGCAGAAGCUGCAGGGGGAGCUGGGAGCAAAGAGGAGGUAGAGAGGACUCCCAGACACCCUUGUCUGCUUACCCCAGAGGACCAUGAGCACCGGGCAGGAAGCCAGGAGAGAAGAGGGAGACUCCAGGAGAGGCCAGGAAGCCUUGCUUCGGGACCGAGCCCACCUGAGCCAGCAGCGCCGGCUCAAACAGGCCACCCAGUUCUUGCACAAGGACUCGGCUGACCUGCUGCCUCUGGACAGCCUCAAGAGGCUCGGCACCUCCAAGGACCUGCAGCCACACAGCGUGAUCCAAAGACGCCUGGUGGAGGGAAACCAGAGGCGGCUUCAGGGGGAGUCUCCCCUGGUGCAGACACUGAUCCAAGGCCAUGACAGCAGCAGGACCAGUGGGACACAGGUUCCGGCUCUUCUUGUCAACUGCAAGUGCCAGGACCAGAUGCUUCGAGUGGCUGUGGACACAGGGACCCAGCAUAAUCAGAUAUCUGCUGCAUGCCUCAGGCGCCUGGGGUUAGGGAAGAGGGUCCCCAAAGCCCCAGGUGGGGACCUGGCACCUGGGCCACCAGGUCAGGUGGAACAGCUGGAGCUAGAGCUGGGGCAGGAGACUGUGGCAUGCUCGGCCCAGGUGGUGGAUGUGGACAGCCCUGAAUUUUGCCUGGGACUGCAGACUCUGCUUUCCCUUAAGUGCUGCAUUGAUCUGGACCGUGGAGUGCUACGGCUGAAAGCCCCCUUCUCGGAGCUGCCCUUCCUGCCUCUGUACCAAGAGCCUGGCCAGUGAGCACUGUCUCAGCCAGUCCCUGGGGCGACCCUGAGCCUUAGGGGAAGAGUGGUGUGCAGUGGGACACUGCUGAGCAGGGCGUCUGGAGACCACCCCCCCCCCCCCCCCCCCCCGCCCUCGCAGUUGCCACCCCUGUAUCUUCUCCAUAGCUGCCCUCUGCCCCAGGAGUUCCCACUGAGACUGUGACUCCAAGGUCCUGGCUUCCCUUCUCUCUUAUCCCUUCCCAAGAGCACAGCGAAGUCAGUUACAGAAAAGGACCUACGGAAAAUGGACUUUGUCCUGGCUGGGGGGUCGAGGUCACCUGCCGCCGCCACCUGUCUGGUAAACCCAAGCACUCCUCCACUGCCCUUACCACCACAU